AUGAAGUCUUCUGCGAAGACGUUCUUUCUAGCCGCAUUUCUGCUGAGUGUACCAGCUCAUGCGGCCGUCGACAAGUCAACGGAAUCAUCACCAUUUGCGCCAAACCUCUGUGCUAUUGACACUAAAUCCACUGUUUCCGAUACCUGCGCGUCGUACGCAACGAUAGACUCACUCAACAAGGAAAUCCACCCUCUCCUCAAAUCCGUGACUCGCGACAACGACUUUUUCUCAUACUAUCGACUCAACCUGUACAAUAAAGCGUGCCCAUUCUGGGAAGAUGAGUACAGCUUGUGUGGAAAUAUUGCCUGUGCGGUAAAUACAAUCGAUUCAGAGGAGGACUUGCCGCCGGUAUGGCGGAUCGAGGAACUCAGUAAACUCGAAGGACCGCGCGCCCAUCACCCCGGAAAACAACAACAGAAGGAACGCCCCAGCGAGAGACCAUUACAAGGUGGACUGGGUGAUAGCGUUGGAGAGAGCUGUGUCCUUGAAUAUGAUGACGAAUGCGACGAACGAGAUUACUGUGUUCCCGAGGAUGAGGGGGCAUUGGCGAAAGGUGACUAUGUCAGUUUGGUGGACAACCCGGAACGAUUCACUGGCUAUGCCGGCCAAGGUUCCCAUCAAGUCUGGGAUGCAAUCUACCGCGAGAACUGUUUUGUAAAACCACCGUCCUCCCCAUCUUCACAAUUGGCUCCUCUGCAUGGUAUGCAAAUUCAGGCUGCCAAUGAUUUCCGCAACGUUCUCCAAAGGGAACAGCCACAACCACAGCCUGACGAUGAGUGUCUUGAGAAGCGAGUGUUCCAUCGCGUUAUUAGCGGUAUGCAUGCUUCGAUCUCGACUCAUCUCUGCUGGGAAUAUCUCAACCAGACUACAAACGAGUGGGGCCCGAAUGUGCAAUGCUACAAAGAUCGCUUACACAACCAUCCAGAACGUAUCUCGAAUUUGUACUUCAACUACGCUCUUGUCUCGCGGGCUGUUGCAAAGUUAAAUAAUUACCUCAAAAAAUACAAAUUCUGCUCCUUCGACCCUGAGCAAGAUUUGGCCACGAGGAAGCAGGUAUUGUCACUUACCGAGAAGCUGAACAGCCAACCGCCCAUUUUCGAUGAAGCUGUCAUGUUUCAAGACGAACAUGCGAUGGACUUGAAAGAAGAUUUCCGCAACCGUUUCCGUAACGUCAGUCGUUUGAUGGACUGUAUUGGCUGUGACAAGUGCCGUUUAUGGGGCAAGCUACAGGUCAACGGAUACGGAACGGCCCUCAAGGUGUUAUUCGACUACGAUGAAACCAAAGAAUCCGAUAACCCGCCAUUGCGUCGCACCGAGUUGGUCGCGCUUAUGAACACAUUUGCUCGUAUUUCCAACAGUAUCGCUGCCGUGCACAGUUUCCGGCAGGCCGUUGAAUCCGGCCACGAAGAUCAUCUUGUGAUUUACCCCGAAGUCUCAUCCUCACCCUUCCCCGCCAAAGUUCGCGAUUCCGAUAAAGUGAUUCGGUACUACAAGGAUGGUAUCUCGAAUUUGUAUAUCGCGGAAAACGACGAUGAUUACGGCUAUGACGACGAGGAGACUCUUCCAUGGGAACGACCCCGAGAAGCCGAAUCUAUUUCGGAGGCUUUUAUACAGGAAUGGACGAUGUUCUGGGAUACCUUUGUGUGGGUUCUGAGGAGUUGGAUGACGAUACCCCGUGUUUUAUGGCAACUUGUUGUCUUCGAAUCCAAUCGAUUAUGGAACUACUGGCUCGGAUUGCCGGUUCCACCGCGACAAUGGAAGAUCCAGAUUCCUCGUCCGCCGCCACGUGAUGAAUUGUAA